CCGAUAGGGAAGAGAGAUAAAAGAGAAGAAGGAGAGAUAAAAGAGAUAAUCUGCAAUUCUGCGUCAGAAACAGACACCAGACGGGGACCAUGAACGUGGACGAAGAAGUUGAAAGGCUGAGAGAAGAGAUCAAGCGCCUGGGAAAACAACAAGAUGAUGGCUCUUACAAGGUAACAUUUGGGGUGCUGUUUAAUGAUGAUCAAUGUGCCAACAUCUUUGAGGCACUGGUUGGGACAUUGAGAGCUGCCAAGAAACGCAGAGUGGUAGCAUAUGAUGGUGAGCUGCUACUGCAGGGUGUUCAUGACAAUGUGGAAAUUACUCUCAAACCCACACCUCCUGCUGCUUAGAGUUCAGCAAAAAAGCUUGCAGCCAUGGAAGGGGUUUGAGUUCUUGCGUUGUGGUUGUGUGUACCACGCUGUUUUAGCCUUGUGAGCACUGGAUUCUCAACCAUGGCUGAGAUGUUUGUGAGAAAGUGAUGUAACUUUUGAGCACUGCAUUUUGUUUGUUUGUGGAAUUUAAGCUUUGUUUCUGCACUGUUUUCCUGUAA